CUGCCCCCAAUGUGGUAUAUUUAAGAAAACGGUUUUAAUUACUGUGUGUGUUUUUUUUUUUUCUUGUUUGUAUUUUCUGAAGACUAUAUUCAAGAUUUAAAGGGGGCUUGGCCGUAGGAACCAAACACUGUUGUUGUUAACCGGUAAACUUUUCCUGACGCACUCCACAUACGGAAAGAUUAGCAUCAUUAGCAUUAGCUGAUGAAAGAGCGAGCCCGUAGUUGUUUGAUUUGUAUGUUAACUCAUGUUAAUGAACACUUUCAAAGUCCAUGCACAGUCUACAUGGUGUGCCAUCUCUUGACUGGUGUCCGCUUGUCGUUUUCUCCAGUUAUUGUCAUAUUUUGUUUUAGCUAACGGUCGUUUUGUGCGGACUCGAGCGGAACGUUAGUUAGCGUUAGCUAACGACAGAAACAAGGUGUAACGUCAACACAAACCUCCCGAGCAUUGGCAGUGCACCUGUUGUCGGUAUGCAUUGAUAAUUUGCAAAAGUGUGCAUAUGCGAACUACACUGAAAACAAUCAAAUCGUAAUUAGCUGCAGUGCCACCAGCUGGAUCAUCUGAGGCCCACGGGAUGGCUGCUGCAGGACCUGCAGCCGGACCGAGCACCUCCAAACAGGAUCUCAUAGACCUGUACGGGGAUCUGACUCAAAACGAAGAGGAUUUGGACAGAAUUGCUGAAGCAAAUGAACUUUUUGAUGCUGUUCUGACUGGCUCAGUUGAUCAAGACAAGAAAGUCACAAAAAAUUUGGCACCUUCGAACAACACAGCGUCUAAUGAGGAGGCUAAAACAACAACAAUGAACAGCAGAACAGGAGGAAACUCACUGAGGAGACUGUCUUUAUAUAUUGGGAAUUUCCCCUGGUGGACAUCUGAUAAGGACAUCAUAAGCAUUGCUCAAACGCUGGGUGUGAGGGACGUUAAAGAGGUCAAAUUUGCUGAGAACAAAGUUAACGGCCAGUCAAGAGGCUUUGCCGAAGUGGUGGUUACCUCAGAUGAGUCAUUUAAACUAUUGUUGGAUAAAAUACCCCUGUGUGAGGUCAAUGGGGAAAGGAUAGACUGUCGUUUCGCCACUCGCCAGAACCUGUCUGUGUUUGAGGACAUGGCAAAUAAACGUAUACCCCUGCGUGUUAAUUCCAAAGAUGCUAAGGACUCAGAUUAUUCAAACAAGAUUCCCUCAUUAUUAUCACAGGAGCCCAGCCCUCCCCCCAUACCUCCACUUCUUCCAUCACAUCCAAUGGCAAACAGGUUUCCCUCAUUACCGAGCCCUUACCUCAGUCAUCCACCUCCUCCCUUUCCGCCUAUACCGCCAAACAUCCCUCCUCCCAUGCUCCCCCAUUUGUAUCCUCCUCAUCCAGUCCAUGUUCCCGGCCAACCGUCUCCCAGUCUCCAUAUAAAUCCAGCGUUCUUCAAUCCAGCACAAGACGGGCACAGCAGCAUAGCUUACAGCCAACAAAAACACACACCUCAAAGAACAGAUGGAGAUUUUGAAGAGUUAUUGAACAGAAAUAAAGCUGUUGCCAGCAGUGCCAUCAGCAAGGCUGUGUCUGGAGCAACAGCUGGAGACUUACGUGUGGCCAUGGAGACUCUAUUAACUGCCAUUGCCAUCAUUAAGCAGUCCAGAGUGUAUGCAGAUGAACGCUGCCAGGCCCUGGUCACCUCACUCAAAGACUGUCUCGUCUCUAUCCAGGGCAACUACGGCUACAGGAAUACCGGCCGUUCUGGAGACGAAGAAAGAGACCGGGACAGGGGUCGUGACAGAGAGCGAGAGCGCAAUAGGGAUCGUGACAGAGAAGAUUCCUCUGGUUGGGAAGGUGCAGGAAUGUCUCGGAGACACAGUGAACAUUCUCGGAGCAGGGAGAGGGACAAGGAACGCUCGCGGGAGCGGCACAGAGAUCACAGAGACCACAGAGACCACAGAGAUCAUAGAGACCGAUACCGCUAACUUGACUGAUGGAGUGUUGCAAUGCAAAGACAUGCAGAGAUGGGACUUGUUUGUUUCUGGAUCAAGUUGCAUAAAAUCUGAAGGGAUCUAAGGUGAGACUGAAGAUACAUCUCCACCAGUCUAAAGUGUACUUUUUUUGACUCACCUGUCAUCUGUACAUACUGGGACUUUUACCCCUUUUAAGAAAAAAAUGUGGUUGUAGAUUUGUUGCUGGGACAUCAGUGUUUGCAUGCAUAGAAACACCUCUUAAUAACUUAAGAAAUACAAUGUAACAUUUUCUUCACUUUCUUUUGUAUUAAAUCUGCAGAUUAAAAACACAUUCCCUGAAAAUAUAAUUUGAGUGUUUUAUUUCCUCAGACGUGUAGGUUGUAUUUAAAUUGGAUACAUCUGUUUUCAGAGUAUUUUUGUGUUUUCAUAUACCGUCAAAAUGUCUUAGUGACAGAAUAUUUUUAUUGCGAUUGACUGACAAUUCUGUCGUACCUGUGCCACAGAGAAAAUGAUUCGCAUGCACAGUUAAAAUGUUUUUGGGUUAACACAGUUUUUCCCAUGUCUGAUCUGGGUCUCUUUUUCUAUCUACAGAAAUUGAGUAAAUAGCUUGCAGAAAUUUUAUCCAAGAUUUGAGGUGUUGCUUUGCUGUAAUGCACGGCACAAGCAUGAGAACUUAUUCUCUUUAUAAUUCUGGAAGAAAGGCUGUGGUAACUGGAUAAACAGGAGUACUGGUUGUCAUUUAGAGGCUUUAUUUAAAAAAACAAAAAACAUUAUCAAGCAGGUGCACAAAUUAAUAUUCGCAGAAGUCUCCUCUGUAGUUGCCAUUUGUUGUCACAGAUCUACAUAACAUGAAUCUGUCCGUGCCACAGCCCCACAAAGUCCUUGCCAUUCUUGAAGGCGGCCAGUUGUAAU